AUGGUCAACAGGAUUGGAGUUGGACAAAGCACUUUGCUCGAGAAUGCAACUAGAGAGUCUGGCUUCAAUGAAGACUCUCACAAAGUGCAGGACAAGAACUCCAAGGAAAAAGUUUUGCGAGCAUGUAAGGUGAAGAAGAAUCCGGCAACAACUGCAACAACAAAGAUAGAUGAAACCGUCAAGGUUGUGGCACUGCUUGUAGUGGGUGCCUCGGCUGAUGUGGUACUUGGUGUUGAUGCUGAGUCACUUGUGGUGGUAGAGUCAGUGGAAGGCGAAGGGGGUGAUGACACAUCUUCAUCAUCGGGGGAUGAUGAUGAUGACGACGAUGACUUGGGUGAUUGGGUAGGUGCACUUCCACUGCUCUUACUUAUUGGUGCAAUUGAGGGGGAUGUUGAUGGUGAGCUUUUUGGUGAUGAUGAUGAGGAUGAAGAUGGAGAUAAUGAUGAUGGGGAUAAAGAUGGAGAUGAUGAUGGGGAUAAAGAUGGUGCGUUGCUUGGUGAUGUGGCAUCGGAAACCAACCCAGCAAAAGCAACAAACAUGAGAGCGAUAACAAUCACUUGA